ACAAACUUGCCGACCUAAUUAUAGUACAGUCCAAGGUUUCAAAAAACAAUUCAUAACCCCCAAAAAAAAAAAGUUACAACUAAAAUUCACGACGAUUAGAAAAUUACGAUAGUCAAUAUAACACUUCUUCUGACCGAAAUUACAAAAGUCUUCCACGACGGCCACAUUUAUUUAAAACAUAGGAUAUAGUAAUUCUUUAUAUUUUAUGUUCAGAAACACAAGACUAAGAAAUAAACAAGAGUUAAUUGUUAAUAAUGUUGAUGAAUUAUAAUUCCUUUGCGGUGAUGAUGAAUUUGUUAGGUGCAAUUUUAUUGGUAUCAAUAGCUUCUGUUGCUAAUGCUCUCACUAAGAAUGAUUUCCCUUCUCACUUCUUGUUUGGUGCUUCAACCUCUGCUUAUCAGGUUGAAGGUGCAGCAGAUGAAGAUGGCAGGAAACCGAGCAUAUGGGAUACCUUUGCACAUGCCGGCAAUGGAGGGCUAUACAAGGGAGAUGGUGAUAUUGCAUGUGAUCAAUAUCACAAGUAUAAGGAUGAUGUCAAACUCAUGGCACAAAUGGGCUUAGAUGCCUACAGAUUUUCCAUAUCAUGGUCAAGACUUUUUCCAGAUGGAAAGGGGCCAAUAAAUCCUAAGGGAUUGGAGUAUUACAACAACCUUAUCAAUGAACUAGCGAGCCAAGGAAUCCAAGCACAUGUUACAUUGUAUCAUUGGGAUCUACCACAAGCACUUGAAGAUGAAUACGGAGGAUGGAUUAACCGAAGAGUUAUAAAAGACUUCACAGCAUAUGCCGAUGUAUGCUUUAGAGAGUUUGGAGAUAGAGUUAAACAUUGGACUACAGUGAAUGAAGGAAAUGUAUGUUCAAUUGGGGGCUAUGAUGCAGGAUUUUUACCGCCUCAAAGGUGUUCAUCUUCCUCUGUAUCUAACUGCUCCAAAGGCAAUUCUUCAACUGAACCAUAUUUGGUAACUCAUCAUAUGUUGUUAGCACAUGCAUCAGCUGCAAGACUGUAUAGGACAAAGUACAAGGCAAAGCAAAGGGGAUUUAUUGGUUUUAAUCUUCUUGUUUUUGGUUUUGUUCCACUAACAAACACUAGUGAAGACAUAAUUGCCGCUCAAAGAGCCCGGGACUUCUAUAUUGGGUGGUUUCUGAAUCCCUUUAUAUUUGGAGUAUAUCCUGACUCCAUGAAAAAGAAUGUUGGUUCAAGGCUUCCUUACUUCACCAUCAAGGAAUCAAAUUUGGUUAAGGGUUCAAUUGACUUUCUUGGAAUCAAUUUUUACUAUGCAUUAUAUAUUAAGAACAACCCAAAAAGCCUGCAGAAAAAGGAUAGAGAUUACACAGCAGAUAUGGCUGUGGAGCUUAAAUCCUACACAGGAAAUGAUACAACUAAAGAUGAGGUUCCAGUUAUACCUUGGAUUUUGGAAGGGCUGCUUCAAUCAUUGAAGAAUGAUUAUGGCGAUUUUCCAAUCUACAUUCAUGAAAAUGGCCAACAAACACGUAGAAAUUCAUCAUUAGAUGAUUGGUCAAGGGUGAAGUGUAUGCAUGAAUACAUAGGGAGCCUACUUGAUAUGUUGAGGAAUGGAUUGAAUAUAAAAGGUUACUUUGUAUGGUCCUUUUUGGAUGUGUUUGAGUUACUCGGUGGAUAUGAAGCAAGUUAUGGCUUAUAUUACAUAGAUUUGAAAGAUCCAACAUUGACGAGGCAACCUAAACUUUCUUCUGUGUGGUACUCAAAUUUUCUAAACAACAGAACUAUAGACUCAAAGAUCUUUAUGAAAAUUGAAGAGAAUUCAUCCAUCUCCAACACUCCCUUGAUGCAUACUGCCACUUAAUGUAAUUAGUACUAGUUAAAAUGAAUCUAUCUCCAACUCUUUUAAUACUAUUAUACAUUAAACGGUGUCGGUGUCAUAUGUUUUGAAAUUGUCAGUGUCUGCGUCGUGUUCUAGUGUCCUUAUCAGAGAGAGUUUGUGCUUCAUAGAUAUAUACCAAAAAGUUAUUACAUAAACCAAUUCUCAUUAUGAA